AUGCAUGCGACCAUGUUCGAAGAUCGACCUUCGUGCUUUUUUCGAGGCCAUGCCAUCACGGCAAUUUUUGAAGAAGUCGCCUCUGAAAACCCAGAGAAGCUCGCUCUAGUCAGUCGUUGCGGAACUUUGAGCUACGCCGGCUUGAACGAGCGAGUCAAUCAGCUCGCACGUCACCUACGCUCUCUGGGAAUCGGUCUAGAGUGUGUAGUUGCUGUUGCUUUGGAAAGGGGAAUCGAAUACGUUGUUGCCAUGCUUGCGAGCUGGAAAAUUGGUGCUACGUAUCUACCGCUUGACCAAUCACUGCCCGCUAAGAGAAUGCAAUAUAUGAUUUCGGACAGUGGAAUUUCCUGUCUUGUCACCGUCAAGAAAAUCAUCGAGGAGAAGUCUCUCAAAUUGAAGGCUGGAACGACCAUAUGCCUAGACGAAGAAGAACUCAUUGAUAGGCUGAGGGCAUAUCCUAGCGCGGACAUGUCAUCUGUAGCGUAUCAUGACAAUCUGGCAUACAUCAUUUAUACUUCCGGUACGACUGGGAAUCCCAAAGGUGUCGCUAUUACGCAUGGAAGUGUCUUCAAUCUGGUUGAUGAUAUUCGACAGAGUCGCGAAAUCGAGCCUUCCGAUCGAGUGUUGCUAUUUUCGCCUUUCUGCUUCGACGCUUCGAUACGAGACAUCAACGGCGCACUGGUGCUAGGUGCUUCGUUGUAUGUCCCAGAAGAAGAGGAAAUCCUCCCCGGCAAUCUCGUGAAGACCAUUGCGCAGCAUCGAAUCACCAACUCAGUCAUCACCCCCUCGGUCCUCCGGACCUGCACGUUGGAACACCUGCCAGACUUCAAGACCAUUGUUCUUGCUGGUGAAGCCGCUGACGCGUCUCUCAUCAGGACUUGGGGUGCGGGGAGGAAAUUGAUCAAUGCUUAUGGUCCUACAGAAGCCACUGUCUGCAGUACGAAGCGGGUGUACUAUGACGGCCAAAUCCCGUCGGGGUGCUCUGCAUCAGUGAUUGGAAACCCAAUAUUGAACACAAUUAUCAGCAUUCUUGAUGAUGACGAUAUUCCUGUUAACAUGGCGAAGUUGGCGAGAUAUGCGCUACGGGGCCCGGAAGAUGACUCAUUUUGUCAGUGCCGUUCUUACAAAACCGGGGACCUUGGAAGGAUUCUGCCCAACGGAGAGGUCGAGUGCCUUGGACGCAAGGCUUGCACGAGGCAGAUCAAAUUGAACGGACAACGUAUAGAGCUGGAAGAAGUCGAAAACGUCAUACGCAGCACUUUCAAUGUCCUUGACGUGGUAGUAAUUUCACAAGGAGUGGCGACAAUUCGCAGCUUAUGCGCAUACGUGGUGCCUGCACAUGAGGGCUCGACAGUCAACAGAGAGGCACUCACAGCGCAUUUGAAAGAGCUCAUGAGAAAAAACCUGCCUUCUUACAGUAUUCCAAGCGUCAUAGAAGUCAUCGACGCCCUUCCAUUAUCUGCGAACAAGAAAUUGGAUAUCAAGGCUCUGUCGGACCCGGCGUUCAAAAAAGUUAGGUGUUUUCGUUCUAGUCGCGAGACACUUCUCACACCGCUUGAAAAGAAAAUUGCAGCAGCAUUACUAGAGGCUCUGGAUUUGCCGACAGAGCAAGCUGUGUCGCCCGGAACAACCUACGGGGAGCUGGGUGGCAGCUCACUGCAGGCAUCAUUGGUCCUACGCCGUCUGAAUGGGUCUAUUGGCUGCAAGAUUCAAUUUGGACAAUUCUACCGAAGAGAUAUCUCGAUACGUCAUCUUGCGGACCUCAUAUUGGGGAGCAGCAACAGCAAGCAAGCCCACCACCUGACGACCUACUGA